AUGGAGUUCAAGGAAGGCAAUCCCUCGCCGCCCCAUCCUAGCGCAAGUCUACCUGCGGACUCUACAGGACAGUAUCCUCAUGUCAUGGCGCCUUUCGUCCGUACCACACACUACUCCACCACGAUUGCAAAUCCGGCAUCAAGCAACCACACAUCGAGUGCUGGUGACGGACGCCAUCAAUCUUCUUUCAACGCAUAUCAAAGCCACCAGGAUGAAUUCAGUAUAGAGCACAGCCGUUCUCAUCAGCCGCAACAUCCUUUCUCGACCGCCUUAGCCGUCAACGAUGAACCAGUACCUCAAGCCAUUGCUACAACGUCUCAACAGCCAUCAGCAUCGGCUGCCUUCUUCAAAGCUCUUGCCUACUUCGGCAAAUGGACUUUCGACUGCGCACCCCAUGAGCUCGGCAGGUAUGCCGCCGAGGCCUACUACUUCUCUUCCGCUGGGUUCACCGUCUGGCGGUUCCUCUCACCAACCGCAAAAGCCAAUCUCUUGUCAAGAUGGACAGAGCAGCUCACCACCCUGCGUAACGACGAAGAUACUCCAGCAGCUCUUCGGCGGGCGAUUGUGCAUCUCGCCGACAUGCACUGGGUGAACUCCGCGGAGUACUUGAGCACGCAACGAACGACAACACAAGGUCUUAGUCGUGGCGAAAAAGCUAUCGAAGUGCUGUUCGGUCUGCUCCUUCACCGGGCACAUCACAGUCGCAAUGCGGAACAGUACAUCGUUAGAGCGCAAGACGCCAGCCAGUCGCUGUUUACAGACUCGAGCACGAGUGCUAAUGAAAUGGCGCAAGCGCUCGGGCUGCUACGUAUCCUUGGAGUCGCGCAGCCGUUCCAGCUCAGCUAUGAGUGGGACGAGUUCAACGAGGAACUCGAAGAUCAGUUGAUUCAAGAUGGUCUCCUUGUACAUGACAACGACAGUGGAUCACAGCACGCAACGAGCUUCUUCGGGACGCCCAACAUCACUGAAGCUAUUGGCGGGGAUCUGCCCUCUAGUGUGCCAUCGCAUGCUACGUCGCCGCCGGCAGUCAAGUCUCCUCAACAAGAGCUUGGCUUGGAAUCGAGAACAGAGCACGAGCACUCCCCUGGUGGCGCAUCUGCUACUUCAUCCUUCGUUCCAUCUACUGCCGCCACAUCAUCUAAGAAGACUCCCGCAAAGAUCAGUCAGCUGAAUCCUCCGAUUGCCGCCACAUCCUUGAAUGCAACGCCGGAUGGCUCUAGUAGCACUGAUCAACAGGCUGCGCUGGCAAUCGCUAGCAGCAAUGCGGGCACUUCUGCCUCUGUGCCAUCCAUACAGCCUUCAUUCAUCAAGGGCAUCGGCGCAACCCACAACCUCUUCGCGGGAAGGCGCGCAGAGGCGGUAAACAGGUAUCGCUACCCCUCUCGCACUCCCUUUAAGUGUGCGAUGGACAACCAGGCCAUCGACAAUGUUGAGCAGAACGAGACGUUUUGGACAGACAAGUUGAGCGAUGCCGUCCGCGCCGGACCCGUCCAUCCGUCGGAAGACGAGCUUGAAGGCGUCGAGGCAUUGGAGACAUUCAUCGAGAAGAUGAAUGAUGGCACUGUUGAGGAGAUCACUGAAUCUCUCGUCUACAUGAUUUUCGACRCCGUCCUCGAUUCGCACAGAAAUGGGCACACGCUGAGCACCAAGGAAGUCAAGAGUGUUGAGGGUAACUCACCCAUCGAUGUCAAGAAUGGUGACAAGCAGCUCACGAUUGAGGCACGUCUUGGAGCUGUGAUUGCCACACUACGCCAGAGCAAGCGUGUAGUGAUGGACUGCUACAAUUCCGAAAGCAAGAUUCGGCAGAUGGUCUACGGCCCCAACUUAGUCUGCAGGGUCAAGAAAGCGGCCUGGGUGUCUAACAAAGGCAGAGGCAAGGCUACUGCUACCAAGGCUUCCAAGAAGGGCAAGGUCAACGGUUAG